CACACACACACACACACACACACACACACACACACACAGACCGAGACACUUCAACAGACGUGGAUUGGAUGCUUUGACAGCAGGGACACAGCAGCUCUUUAUUUUGAGAACUCAGAGGAGUAAACACACAAUGCAAUGCCAGACAAUUUUGCCUGCCUGUUUGCUGCUGCUCUGGACACUGACAGCAUCUGUCAGUUGUGUAGAAACAGAAAAGAUAACAGUGAAAACUAUCUCUGAUGAGAUUGUGGUGUCUUGUGGAAAUAAUAACAAUGUAACACGUGGAGAUGAGACUAUUAAAGGUGGAAAACUGAAAUACGAAGAUGCCAGCACAGGAGAGUACACAUGUGGUGGACAAAACAUCUUUGUGAAGUUUCGGAAGUGUGAAAACUGCGUAGAGUUCGACACGACUUCCAUAGCUGGACUGGCUGUGGGAAACGUGCUGGCCACGAUUGUGGUAGGAGUGGCAGUCUACCUCAUCGCGUCUCAGAAUCGGAUCAGCCCGAACACCUCUCACAAAAGCUCUGAUAGACAGCCUCUUGUUCUAAACGAAGGGAGCAGCAGAGCCCCCAAUGACCAUUACCAGCCACUGAAACCCAAAGUUGGUAACAGGGACAUGUACGAUGUACUUAACAACACCAACAGAAUAUCUCUUUCUGUCAUCAGCAGAACUGAGACGAGUAAACACACAAUGCAACGCCAGACAAUUUUGCUGCUGCUCUGGACACUGACAGCAUUUGUCAGUUGUCAAGACUCGAAAACAGACCACAGGAUAGGAGUGAAAACUGUCUCCGAUGGGAUCGUGCUGUCUUGUGGAAAAAAUAAAAUUAAGAAUAAAGAUGGUGAAGCUGUUGACGUUUUGAAACUAGAAUACAAAGAUGAAAAUACAGGAGAGUAUACAUGUGUGAUUCCUGGGACCACUACGGAUGACAAAGAAAAUGAUGAUGAAGAAGAAGAAGAAGAAGAAGAAGAACUACCAAAAAUCUUCGUGAAAUUUAGAAAGUGUGAAAACUGCAUAGACCUCGACCUGACUUCGAUACUUGGAAUAGUUGUAGGAAAUGUGGUGGCUACCACUGUGAUAGGAGUGGCAGUCUACCUCAUCGCGUCUCAGAAUCGGACCAGCCCGACCACCACUCACAAAAGCACUGAUAGACAGCCUCCAGUUUCAAACGAGGGGCGCAGCAGAGCCGCCAGUGACCAUUACCAGCCACUGAAACACAGAGGUCAGAGGGACACGUACGAUGUACCUGCCAACAAUCAAUAGAAGGGGGGUGGUUCAUUGCCUGGUAUCAUAACCCCCCAGGUAGAAACAUGUGUCCUUACAACUCUUAACUUGGCUCUUUUUUUUUUCACUGUGCCUGUAAGAUGUCGCUUUUAUUAGACCGCUCACAUAAUGCGUGACUUGUUAACCUGUUGCAUAGUUCACUGUUUAUCAGGUGUUGUUUUUAUUUUAGCAUUUUAAUCGACUGGUGUUGUCUCUUUAUUGACCUUUUUCUGUGACUUCUGUAAGUAGAGCUGCUACAACAGCCACCUCAUACAAUAUAUGAAAUGUA